UCCGAGCAUCAGAGUGGAAUGCGCUCUCAUUUCACAGACAUGUAGAGACCUCAUCUGGGAACGAAGAGAUGUGCAUGAGCCCUUGGCACCCAUAUGGCCCGUUUGCAUCUUAGCGUUGGCAUUAAAUACCUAAUCACAACUUGAAUUGCUUUGUAAGUGAGCAGGUGAAGGUGCCCAACUCAUUCACACACCUCUUGAUUCCGUAGCUCCUCUAGAAAACUAUGGUCAUGGCCGCCCAAGACCAAAAACCGUCGCAGCGGGCUCCGGUUCGCGUCGGAUUUUAUGAUAUUGAGCGAACGUUGGGAAAAGGUAAUUUUGCGGUUGUGAAGCUCGCGAGACAUCGUAUCACGAAAUCAGAGGUGGCCAUUAAGAUCAUAGACAAGACCCAGCUAGAUGCUGUGAACUUGGAGAAGAUCUAUAGAGAAGUGGAAAUCAUGAAGAUGCUGGACCAUCCUCACAUCAUCAAGCUUUACCAGGUCAUGGAGACCAAAAACAUGCUCUAUUUGGUCACAGAGUAUGCAAGAAAUGGAGAGAUAUUUGACUACCUGGCCAGCCGCGGGCGGCUCAGCGAGAUGGAUGCGAGGAGGAAGUUCUGGCAGAUCCUAUCAGCGGUGGAGUACUGCCACGAGCGCAACAUUGUUCACAGGGACCUGAAGGCUGAGAACUUGUUACUGGAUGCACACAUGAAUAUUAAAAUAGCAGAUUUUGGCUUUGGAAACUUCUUCCGUCCUGGGGAGCCCCUGACCACUUGGUGUGGCAGCCCCCCAUAUGCAGCUCCAGAGGUGUUUGAGGGGCAGCAGUAUGAGGGUCCACAACUGGACAUCUGGAGCAUGGGGGUUGUUUUGUAUGUGUUGGUGUGUGGCGCUCUUCCGUUUGACGGCCCCAGCCUUCCCGUACUUAGACAGAGGGUCCUGGAGGGCCGUUUCCGCAUCCCCUACUUCAUGAGUGAGGACUGUGAGCACUUGAUCAGGAAGAUGUUGGUUCUUGACCCAGCCAGGCGCUUGUCCCUAAGUCAGAUCAAAGAGCAUCGCUGGAUGAUGCAGGAGGUCCCGUCCCAGCGGCCAGUGCUCUACAGACAGGGUCUACCCAGCGAGAGUAAAACAGGCUUGGUUGAGCACAGUGAACAAGUGCUGAGACUGAUGCACAGCCUCGGCAUCGACCAGCAGAAGACCAUUGAAUCUCUCCAGAACAAAAGCUAUAACCACUUUGCUGCUAUCUACUACCUACUCGUGGAGCGGUUGAAAGCGCAUCGCAGCAGUUUCCCUGUGGAACAGCGUUUGCAUGCCAGCCAGCGCCGUCCUAGCACCAUUGCCGAGCAGACUGUUGUCAAGACCAAUCCAGUUCCCUCCAAAGUUGGCACCACUCCACAGGCAGCACGUCACCUACACUCUCCUGUUCUGUUGCAGUCCACCACAGAUACAUUUACUUACCCACAAACCCCUGCUUCCCCAGACAAGACACUCAUGGAGGAAGAUGUGGCCACUCCAAAGGUGGAUGGCUGCUUGCUGGACCCACUCCCUCCAGUUGUUGUCUGCAAAGUUAGCAGCUCACUACCUAGCAACGUUAUGGAGACGUCAAUCGAUGAGGGCAUUGAGGCAGAGGAGGAGCAUGCUGUGCCCCUCGCCGCCUUUCAUACAGUUCGUUUCAGUCAGCGCCGGCAUACACUGUCUGAGGUCUCCAACCAACCUGGUGUGCUGCCUGUCACAGGUCUCAACCCAUCUCUCGGCAGUAUGGACUCAGAAUACAGCAUGGGUUCUACUCAGAGUGACUUCAGCUUGCUUGAGGAGAAUCCUGCUCUUAAAGAUGUAUUAAAUACUACACCUGCCAGCUCCCAAGCACCGGUCUUCCAUGGCAUGAAGCCCCCGAAUCCCACCCUGCAGCCACUUAACCCAGAGGGACGUGAUGCACAUAAUCACUCACUAAUCAGUUUCAGAGAGGGACGGCGGGCUUCGGACACUUCACUUACACAAGGUUUAGUGGCAUUCAAACAGCACCUCCAGAACCUGGCCAGGACCAAGGGCUUUCUGGAGCUGAAUAAAGCCCAGAUAGUUUUAGGAGGUGGUGGAGGAGACGCCAACCCCACCAUCAACCCUCAGGAGCUGAUAGAGCCUCACCAUCCACUCACUCACCAGGGAGAUGUGCGCCAGUGUCCAAGUGGAAAAGAUAUGACAGCUUUCACUGGUAAAAUGCACCCUUAUCUGCUGUCAAGAAGACAGAGUUUAGAGACACAGUACCUCGCUCAGCGACUACAGAGGGACAGUCAGUUGGCGAGUGGUCUUGGAAGUGCUCAGAUGUUUUGUAUAGAGCCUGCACCGCGCACUUUAGAGCAACAUCUACAGGAGCACAGACUACAGCAGAAACGGCUCUAUCUUCAGAAGCAGUCUCAGGUACAGGCCUACUUUCAUCAGAUGCAACUGGCAGAAGAUGCUUUCCCCAAUCCUCAGGACUGCCGAGACCCCCAGCACAGCAGUAGCCCUCACUCCAGCCCUCCCUUCACACGGACCCAAACCCUAACCCCUUUCCUGGAGCCCAGCACCUUAUCUCUACCAUACGGCCCCAAAGCAACACGCUAUCCAGACUGGCCGUCACCACCUACACACUCCGACAGCCACACAAACUACACACCAUCCCUCCCCACAGAGCCUCUCUACGCAUGGAGUCCCGCCAUGCCACCUCUCCCUCCGGGCAAUGUAAAGAGCCCUUCAUCCCAGCCCGCACCUGAGACCCCCUUCCUGGACUGUGAGAUGAUGGAGACCGUAGAAGCCCCACAAGGCUGUGUACUUGUAAACUAAAUGUGCACUGGAGGUGAAAUGGACCACUCUGAGGCUGGCUCUCAGGGACAAGAUGGUAUGGUUUGUGUCAUCGGAUAAACCAGCAGACCCUAUAAUCUCAUGCACUUGAUCCUGUGGCACAACCAGUCAUGAAAACUACGUGACAUUUUUGCAAAAUGAUAUUAUGUGGUUCCUUACACAUGUCACGGCAGUUAAUAGGUAAAAUGUCCACAGGGUGGUGCUAAAUGCAAGUAAAAUUUUCUUCUAAAUAGAUGAGGUUUUUAAGGAUAAUACUCUUGAGUUUAAAUCUUAAAAACGUACCUCCCUACCCUAAACCUUAAACCUAACCGAUAUGGUCAUAAAAUCAAAUGUGACAUGAAAAACACAAUUUCUGAAGCAACCACGUCAUUUUGUGGUGCUUCUGUGACAUUGUCGGCGCACGACUCCUUAGCAUCAGAAGUGUUACGCUCCAUCAGUUGAGCUACCGCGAUAAUUCGAUUUUGUUUAGAUGUCAUAAGAAAGGAAGUCUUUUUGAACUGAUAAAUACAGGUCAUUGUUGAUAUAGCGCCUCUAGUGUUCAUUUCACCAGAAAACUGCCAUGAUAUGUACAAGCCACCUUAAAAAUGAUUUUGCAAAAAUGUAGUUAUAGCAAUGUGAUUAUAUGAGACAGGUUGCAUUUAACAUUACAGACCAUAUUUUACAAAGAUGUAUGUGAGAUGUGGUAGUGUCCUGAAAAUUUGUUCGGUAAGCACAGAUAAAAUAGUGCAGCUGCCAUAGAGUUUUUGGUCAGUAUUAAAGCAUUAUUCAUUUUUUCCUAUAAUACUCAUAACGAGUUUCAGUGUUUUAAAAGUAGUUUAUCGUUUCAUCCUUACAUUAUCAGUAGCUACUCGAGUUUUUGUUAUUAGUAUUGUGUAAUUUUUAAUAAAAGAUCAUUAACAGAAAACAUGUAAAUAUUAGGACUUUUCUAAUGUGUAAAAUAAGAUGAUUAAGAAAUAAUGUUAACAUCAACAUGAAAAGGCAUUCACAACAGGGCGGGACUAAUUUAUUGGAUUGUAAAAAGUGAGUAAAGAGUUCACUACAAGAAUGCCUAAAAAGUGAUUUGGCUCUUGGUUAACAUAAUCCAAUAGCCAGGGUGGCCUAUAGGUGACAUCAGAAAUAUGGAAAGUAGAUUCAGAGGCAGAGCAAGACUCUUUGGACUAACAUGCACUGAUGAAUCCUGCAAGUAAAAAUCCCAUAACUCUUUCCAUAGAUGAAUUAAUUUUCCACGAUUACUAACAAACAUUUAGGUUGUUCAUCAAUGGUAUAUGCUUCCGUUGAAGCCAUUUGACUGUGUUAUUCCUUGUGAACAACUACACUACUCGUGAUUCAUCAGAGAAAGAUCCACCAAUCAGAGAACUGCGGCCAACAAAGCCUGUGAAAAGAGCCCAAGAGUGACCGCCCACUUCCAUGACGCACUGUGAAUGCCGUAAUCAAGUCGGACUCCAUUCAGCCUUAAACUACCUAUUUGUGUAUAUUGAAGUAUUUUGCAGUAAACAUAAAAUAUACUGUUUCUAUACUUCUAAUCAACAACCAAAAAUCAACAGUUUUAUAUAUUUGCAUCUUUCUUUAUUCAAUGACAUCAUUCGCAAUGCUUCAUGGGGCGGUAGUGCGUGCCCUCCUGAAAGACGCUAGAGUACGCAGUCUGUCUAUUUGUCCGAUUUUCGAAUAAUUUUUUGCUUCAAAUCAAACUUUGUAAAUAUGUGAUUCACCUUGAAGCAGGUUGGUUUAGUCCAUCACUUAGAACAAUUUUUAAAAGGAUUUUAUGAGAAGCCUAUGGAAAACAUUAAUGGGGAAAAAUACUUCCAGAACCAAGAUGGCUGAAAAAGUGGGCAGGCACUGUUGCGCUCUAUAAGACCAGAAACAUGCCACCUGGCCCUAUGGGGAACUUUUAAAGUGGGGUGGGGAAGUUGUAAAGUACAAGGUUACAGUACAUGUUUUUUUCUGCCAAUAUGUUUGCUUGAGUUAAAUGGAUUGAGCCAAUCAGAGUCCAAUAAAAAGAUGUAUGAUACAUCGAUGGAGCAGCAUUGUGACUUCAUCUUACAAGUCUGUCUAAUCUGCACUACCACUCGAACUGGAGGUUAAAAGAACUGUUUAGAAAUAUUCAGUGUUGUGCCUUUCGAUUCUUGUUGUUCCUUUGGAGAAUGUCUGUUUUUAGAUUUUAUUCUUCAAGUAAAGCUUCCUGUUUAGAAUUGCUGUAUAAAGCACACUUUUGAAACAUAUCUUGAACCAAAGUCUCCAUUUAGGUUCUAUUUUUAAGUCCACUAUGUGGAUUGUUUUAGAACCAUCGAGCUACAUGAUAUUUAGUUGUCAUGGUCCCACAGUAUAUGCCAUCCAAAAGUAUAGCAAUAUCUAGAAUAAUAGUUCCUAUGUUCAAAAAGAGUGUAGGUAGUGAAUGUGUUGUCAUUUUAUGGCCUCAAUUAAAAAUAUCUUAUUGUGGCUAUUUAGAAUUCUUUGUCAGGUCUUUCUUAUUGUUGAUAUUACUACUAUCCUUCAAAAGUGAAAGUUUUGUUAUACAGUAGUUGUUUUAUCCAGUGCAAAAUGUUUCCCAUUAUGUAAUCACAAUGUUAAUUUUGUUAUAUUUACUUGGAAAAUACUGAGUUCCAUGCAUAAUGGGGAAAAUAAAGGUCACGCUCCUUGAGUACAACAUUUGGCAAGAGUGUAUUAAUACCACAUACUUCAUAUACCUAAGAACAUGCAUCUCACAUGACUACCUCCUCAGGUAGUAAAUAUGUUCUGUGGUUAGUGACAACAUGACACAGAUGCUGUUGACAGAGCUUAACUUGUAUUGAAUCCUAAACAUUCCUUUAAAGCUGUGGUUCUCAAAUUGUGAGUCUAGACUAAAAACAUUUGGUUAUAGGUCUGUUCUGGUUAGGCUGAUGAUAACUGUGAACAAAAACAAUGCAAUGUGAGAUAGAAUACAAGGUUACUUUAAAUGGGACAAACAUGUUUUAUGUCGCUGCUGAGAGCAUGAAACUGCCAAAAUUCAAUAAACAUUUAGA